AAAAUAAAUUAAGAUGCUGCUAUUUUGUGUCCAAAGAAUUUAGAAAAGUUUACAAUAUUUUUAUCAGUAGUAUGGGUUAUAAAUUCUUUGCUGUAUGUGAUGGACAUGGAUAAUAUGUUCAUAUGGUUUCCAAUUAAAUUAAAUAAUAAUUGCCAAAACAUCUAGGAUAAUAUUUGAAAGAGUUAGGUUAUAUAGAGAAUCAAAUUUUAAAAGCUUUUGAAAUAACAAACAAAGAAUUGUGUUAUUCUGAAAUUGAUACAAACCUAUCUGGAUCAACAACUGUAUCUUUACUUAUUAUAAAAGAUAUUGUAUAUUAAAAAAUAAAAUAGAUAUACUCUGCAAAUGUUGGUGAUUCUAGAGCUAUUAUGUGUAAAUUUGAUAAUGGAUGGACAGUAAUAGAAUUGAGUAGAGAUCAUAAACCAGAGGAUCCAUAAAAAAAAAAAAAGGAUUUUGGAUGCAGGUGGAAGAGUUGAAUAAUAAAAGGGUUGUGAAUCUAUUGUUAUCAAUAGAUUAUCAUUGAAAUGGGAUAGGACCAGAUA